CCUUUAAUAAUAACCCGUUUUCCAUUUAUAACCCCACCCCCAUUCGCUUCACCUCCUUCUAUUCGCCCACCACCCUCUCCUCUUCGCUACCCUCAAAACCCUUUCCCCUUUCCCUCAUGUGGCCACCGUGGCUCAAUUCACCCAACCGGUUCCGCAACACUCCACCGCCGUCACCUUCGCCGUCACAGUCUCCGUUACCGUUACAUUCGCCGUCACAUUCUCGAUCUCGCUCCUUCAACUUCUCUUGCUCCUCCUUCAAAGACAUCCAGAGCCUCCUCCAAGACAAGCCCGAGCCCGCCGCUCCCAAAUCCCCGCCGCGUCCGGAUCUCCACCGCCGUCCUCCGCGCCCUCGGCGCCUCACGCGCCGCCUCCCCCGCCGCAUUGCCGCCCGGCCUCGACCAAGGCGUCGUCGUCUACUUCACCUCCCUCCGCGUCGUCCGCCGCACCUUCGACGACUGCCGCGCCGUACGAUCCAUCCUCCGCGGCCUCCGCGUCGCCGUCGACGAGCGCGACGUCUCCAUCGACGACCGCUUCCGCGACGAGCUCCACGGGAUCCUCGGCCGCCGCAGCGUUGCGCUGCCGCGCGUCUUCAUCGGCGGCGUCUACAUCGGCGGCGCCGACGAGGUCCGGCAGCUCCACGAGAGCGGCGAGCUGCAGCGCCUCAUUGAACGCCUUCCGCGGUCGAAUCAGAUCGGUUGCGAUUGCUGCGGUGGAUUCAGAUUCCUCAUGUGCGAUGAGUGCAACGGAAGCCACAAAGUGUUCACUGAAAAAACAGGUUUCCGAAGCUGUUCAUCUUGCAACGCCAACGGCUUGAUCAGGUGUCCUGCAUGCUUCUUCGUGCUUCCGCGUCACACCAAAUCGCUACCUCCUCAGUUAGUUACAGCUCACAAACAACUCUGAUGAAAUUAAAUUAAUCAAUUAUGUUGAUAAAUAAAGAGUUUAUCGGUUUAAUUUAAUUUAAACUAUGUUACAUAUAUUAAUUCCGUUCCGAUUUGAAUAGUCUCAUAUUAGUACUAUUAUUCA